AUGGCAAUUGAAGAUCGCCGCAAAGGCAAGCAGGUGGUUACCGAUGUUCAAUCCGUUGAAGACUGGCUUUCCCACGCACAAGAACUCGUCCCUCUGGCUCUCGAGAAGGCGAAACAGGUCAAAGGAUUCCCAGGAAGAUGGAAGAUGAUCGUCGGCAAGCUCGAGCAGAUCCCGAAUCGGCUCUCCGACUUGUCGAGCCACCCUUGCUUCACCAAGAACGCUCUCUGCAAGGAGCAGCUCCAGGCAGUCUCGACGACUCUCAAGGAAGCCAUGGAAUUGGCAGAGCUUUGCGUGGCAGAGAGGUACGAAGGGAAGCUCAGGAUGCAGAGCGAUCUCGAUUCCUUGUCGGGGAAAUUGGAUUUGAAUUUGAGAGAUUGUGGGCUUCUGAUCAAGACUGGGGUUCUGGCUGAGGCUACUCUGCCUCCUCCUUCGGUCGCCGCAGCCGCCGCCGGAACCUCGGCGGAAGCUGAUGAGGGUGUUCUCUUCCACGGGAACAUCAGGGAGUUGCUUGCUCGCCUUCAAAUCGGUCAUUUGGAGGCAAAGCACAAAGCUCUCGACUCUCUGGUCGAGUUCAUGAAAGAAGAUGAAAAAGCGGUCCUCUCUGUUCUCGGUCGGAGCAACAUCGCAGCUCUGGUCCAGCUGCUAACCGCCACAUCGCCUCGUAUUCGGGAGAAAACAGUCACCGUCAUAUGCUCGCUGGCGGAAUCAGGGAGCUGCGAGAGCUGGCUCGUUUCGGAGAGCGUUCUUCCUCCCCUGAUCAGACUGAUCGAGUCCGGGAGCGCGGUGGGCAAGGAGAAGGCCACCAUUUCCCUCCAGCGGCUCUCGAUGUCGGCCGAAACAGCCAGAGCGAUCGUGGGUCACGGUGGAAUCCGGCCGUUGAUCGAGAUAUGCCGAACGGGGGAUUCGGUGUCUCAGGCAGCUGCAGCUUGCACUCUGAAGAACAUUUCUGCUGUACCGGAAGUUCGGCAGCCACUGGCUGAAGAAGGAAUCGUGAAGGUAAUGAUCAACCUUCUGGACUGCGGGAUCCUGCUGGGUUCCAAAGAGUACGCAGCGGAAUGCUUGCAGAAUCUCACUUCCAGCAACGAGGAUUUGAGAAGAUCCGUGAUUUCGGAAGGCGGGAUUCGAAGCCUGCUGGCGUAUCUCGACGGGCCUCUCCCUCAGGAGUCCCCUGUUGGAGCAUUGAGGAAUCUGGUAAACUCCGUCUCCACCGAAAUCCUCGUCUCGCAAGGAUUCCUGCCGCGAUUGGUCCACGUGCUGAAAUCGGGGUCGGUGGGGGCACAACAGGCUGCAGCAUCGGCGAUAUGCAGGGUGUGUGCUGCGGCGGAGAUGAAGAAGGUGGUCGGGGAGGCCGGGUGCAUUCCGCUGCUGAUAAGGAUGCUGGAGGCGAAGUCGAACGGGGCGAGGGAGGUGGCUGCGCAGGCGAUCUCGAGCCUGAUGACGGUUUCGCAGAACUGCAGGGAGGUGAGGAAGGAAGGGAGGAGCGUGCCGAAUCUGGUGCAGCUGCUGGACGCCAGCCCGCAGAACACGGCGAAGAAGUACGCGGUGGCGUGCCUGGCGGGCUUGUCGGGGAGCAAGAGGUGCAGGAAGAUGAUGAUCUCGUACGGGGCGAGCGGGUACCUGAAGAAGCUGACGGAGAUGGAUGUUCCUGGGUCGAAGAAGCUGCUGGAGAGGUUGGAACGAGGGAAGCUCAGGAGUUUGUUCAUUAGGAAAUAA